AGGACUGUGUGUGAGCUAGCCGAGCGAGCAGAGAGAGUGCGUGCGUGUGUGUGUGUGUGUGGCGGGACAGAGGCUGGAUGCGGGGAGUAGAGACGUGGCGACAGGCAGACAAAGAAUCCAGGGCAUCUCGAGGGAAUGGGGCACCACACCGGCUCUCCUGGAGCGCAGAGGAGUGUGCGGAGAGUUUGCCCCAGGGGUAGCCGUGGGUCAAAGGUGAGACGGCGGGACAGCGGCAUGGAGGGGGAUCAGGGUGCUGCAACCUCCAACUCGGGCACCAUGAUGACCAACAACAACAUCAACAAUAACAACAGCAGCAGCAACAACAGUAACGGUGCAACCAGCUCAUCCAGCACAAGCACCACCAUAACCUCUACAGCCAACAGCAGUGCCAACGUCAGUGCCAAUGGAGGUGCCAGCAGCAGCACAACCAGCAGCAGCAGCAGUGGACCAGGCAGACACACUCUCCCACAGAUCUCUGUUUACAGUAGCAUUCCUGACAGACAGACGGUUCAGGUGAUCCAGCAGGCCCUGCACAGGCAGCCCAGCACGGCGGCGCAGUACCUGCAGCAGAUGUAUGCGGCGCAGCAGCAGCACCUCAUGCUGCAGACGGCAGCCCUGCAGCAGCAGCACCUCAGCACCGCGCAGCUGCAGAGUCUGGCAGCCGUGCAGCAGGCUAGUAUUGCUGCAGGGAGGCAGAACUCCUCAUCCCCACAGACAGGCUCCUCCCAGGCCACUAUCAACCUGACCACCUCUCCUGUGGCUGCUCAGCUCAUCAGUCGAGCCCAGAGUGUGAGUUCGGCUCCAGCGGGGAUAUCCCAGCAGGCCGUGCUGCUAGGCAACCCUACAAACUCUACCCUCACGGCCAGCCAGGCGCAGAUGUACCUGCGUGCCCAGAUGGCUCAGCAAAGUAACCUUGUGCAAGUAGCAAGGAGCCUAGGCCGCGCUGUUCCUUUGUCCCCGCAGCUCAUCUUCACCCCCACGGCCACGGUGACCGCCCUCCAGACCGACGGGGUAUCGCAGCCUGUGUCCACACAGGUACAGAACCUAGCUAUUCGUAGCCAGCAGGGGGCAGUAUCCGCCUCCUCCUCCUCCACUACCUCUUCUUCCUCCACCACUUCCUCCUCCACCCUGACCCAAACCCAGGCGCUGCAGGCCCUGAGCCUGAAACAAACCCCCAUCUCCAUCCAGCCCGCCGCUCUCCUCAAGACCCCCACCCCGACCAUCAAACCGCCCCCAGCAGAGGCCAACCACCAAUCAGAAGCCGUGAAGAAGAGCGAGGGCACCAUGGCAACUGAGGUGCGGGCUGUGAACAUGAGUCGGAGCGUUGGGAAUAUUGGAGGCCACCCCCUCAUCGCCCCUGCCUAUGCCCACAUCCAGCCUCACUCUCUGAUCAAGCAGCAGCCGCAGCAGUACGUCAUCCAGCACCAGGCUGCUCCCGCCGCCCAGAGGACUGGUGUCGCUCCUGCCAGCACCGCCGGUGCCCCCGCCACGCAGCUCCUGCAGACCGCCUCCAUCCAGCCCCAUCUCCACGCCCAGUCGCUCGCCGUCCAGCCUGCUGGCCUGCCCUCCCACAGCGCCGCCACAGGCCCGCCGGGCCCGGUCCCCGUGAUGCCCAAGCCAGCCUCCUCCCAGCAUCUGCAGAACCAGCACCAGCACCAGCACCACCAUCUGGGCCCCACGCAGCACGCCACCAUCUUCCACUCCACCCUCAGCCCCCACGACCUGAGCCAUCACCAGAGCCAUGCCCACGCCCACGCCCACACGCAUGCCCACGCCCAAGCCCAAGCUCACGCCCACGCCCAAGCCCAAGCCCAAGCCCAAGCCCAAGCCCAAGCCCAAGCCCAAGCCCAAGCCCAAGCCCAAGCCCACGCCCACGCCCACGCCCACGCGGCCCUCAGCCAGGCCAAAGCACAGCCCGUCCAGCUCACUGCCAUCAACCUACAGAUUCAUCCCACACCCAACCAGGCGUCGCGGCUGGCUCCGGAGUGUAAGGACAAGCCCACGUCCCUGGUGGUGAGAGAGAGCUGCCCGCCACACAGCUCCCAGCAGCCCCCCUCCGCCCCCCCUCAGGGGGCCAAGCCCGCCGAGCAACCCAAGACUGACACCCCCAUCGCUGCACUCCAGACACGAGCAGGAACCCCAAAUCAGAUUAGGAACUCGCCAGCGACGCCCCCACCUACUAUGACUUCAGGAAACGACUGCGAAGCCCCCGCCGUUGUUGGCAGCACGGCGCAGAAUGGGGAGAACAAGCCCCCUCAAGCCAUCGUUAAGCCCCAGGUCCUCACACACGUAAUCGAGGGCUUCGUCAUUCAGGAGGGAGCCGAGCCUUUCCCUAUGUUGAGGCCCAUUCAGGAUGACAGCCCAAAGAAACCAGACCAGCAGCUUCCAUCUGACCCCGAGAAGUCCCCCGUCCAUAACUUGGCCAACAACACAGACUCAGAACCAGAGGACCCAAGCCAGCAGGAUAUGAAGGACCAGGAGGACGAGCCGAAGUUAACCUGUGAGUUCUGUGGCUGGGUAGACUUUGCCUACAAGUUCAAAGGCACCAAACGCUUCUGCUCCAUGGUCUGUGCUAAGAGGUAUAACGUGGGAUGCACCAAGCGGAUUGGUCUCUUCCACCCGGAGCGUACCAAAGCAACCAGUCGCUGGAGACGCAGGGCUACCAGAGGACGCCCAAGCUCAGAUGCCAAGAAACAGAAACUGUCCACCCCUCAGCAGACGCAGAGUGGAUCCAUCUCGUCUCCUAUGCCUUCGCAGCCCAGCCAGGGGGAGUCGAGCCCCUGCUCCGACAUGUCCAGCUUCGAGGAGCCCCCCUCGCCCCUCUCCGUGGCCAGCUCGGGGGCCCCGGGGCCUCAAAACGAGCAGAGCCUCGAUCAGGACGUCCGGGGCCAGGAGCUGCCCCUGCUGCCCCAACACUUCCUGCCCUGUGACCCCACCAAGUGGAAUGUGGAGGAGGUGUACGAGUUUAUCCGCUCGCUGCCAGGCUGCCAGGAGAUUGCGGACGAGUUCCGCUCGCAGGAGAUCGACGGGCAGGCCAUGCUGCUCCUGAAGGAGGACCACCUCAUGAGCGCCAUGAACAUUAAACUGGGCCCCGCCCUCAAGAUCUACGCCCGUAUCAGCAUGCUCAAGGAGUCAUAGCCCAAGGGUGUGUGUGUGUGGGUGUGUGUGUGUGUGUGUGUGUGUGAGAGAGGGCUUGUUGGUAGGAUUUUGUGAGAAAAGACUCCUAGCCUGUGUAUGUAUGUGUGUGCAUGUGUAUGGAUGUAUGCAUAGUGGUUGUGUUUGUGUGUGUGUGUUUGUGUGUGUGUG